GCCAUGGAGUAAGGCGGCGCGCGGACUCGCGCUGGGACGGACCGACUGACUGACCGACGGGCGGCCCCGGGCUGGGCGUGCUGGAAGAUGAACAGAGCAGAUUCACCAAAACCACCAGUUGCUCCCAAGCCAAAGACUGCCAGUCCCCUCACACCUGUGACAGCACCCAAAUUCCCUUCAUCACCCCGGCCUGAUAGUCUUCACAGUCCCAACUCCAUGUCUAGGGGACCGAAACCCCCCAUUGCCCCUAAGCCCAGGCUGGCGACCCCCAGUGAGUGGAGAGCCAGCGUGUACAUGAUCAACAGCUUGAACAAAUGCAGCAAUGGGAAAGUGCUCUGCGUUGACAGGGGGCUUUACGGAGAGCACCGGUCCAACUUGGAGUGCUCUGAGUCUGAGGCUGAUGAGGAGUACAUUGUGGUCCCCAAGGCUCCGCCGAAAGAGGACGAACCCAGGUGUAGCAGCUCUGCAGAGAAUGCAGUAAUGGUGCCUCCAGAUGCCGCUGGAGAGGAGUGCCGGGAGGGAGGCGAGGAGAGCGACCUGGAGGGGAUGGGAGCUGCUGAGGACUUGGCAGCCCCAGCUGAAGUGGUGCUGGGUGAAGAGGUUGAUGGAGGCAUAGCCCCCACCCCUGAGAAUGUGGGGGUGGAGGACGGUGCCUGUGACCCAGGGGCAGAGGAGCAGACAUUUACAAGUGAGGAGGAAGAGAAGCUAGUGGAAGAACACAACGUGUACAACCUGGAGGACAGGGGCCCUUGGGAUGGAGAAGCAGUCCUUCCAAGUGAUAUCAUUCUAACUCACGUUGAUUUAGAGGGUCCAGCAACUCCCAGUGAUGAGCCUGGGCCCCCUGGGACACCCACGGAGGCAGAGGAGGGUGGUGAGGAAGGCUCCACCAACACAGAACCAGGGGCUCCAGAUGAACGUGUGGAUUCUGACAGGCCCCCUGAAGGGGAUGCUGAAGAUGACAGCAAGGAACCCACAGAGAAUGAGGGCUUGGCCAUGGGUGUUCAGGAGGCAGAGAUGGCCACAGACAGCCCUGAAGUCCCAGAGGAAGGGGGUGAAGAUGCCACAGCCAGUGGUGACCAGGAUGACCAGGAUGAACCACCUGACCAAAAUGAGAAAACGGACCAAGAAGAAAUGGCAGCAGUCACCCGGGAGGUGGGAGAGGACCCUCGAGAAGGUGAAGACCUGGUACAGGAAGAACCUGCCGAGGAGAGCUGCCAAAUCAUUCCUUUCGAGAAUGAUGGCAUGGAUGAAUUUGUGACUCCACUCUCAGGAAGUCCCUACGAGUUCUUUCCGACUGAGAGCACCUCUUUCUGUAGCGAGAGCUACUCCUCUUUUUCCAAGUCAGCAAAAGACUUAGAGUCACAGCAGGAACCACAGUCUGGAGAACGUGCAGAGCAGGACCCCAUUGUUGGAACUUCGUGUGGCUCUGGGGAGGGCCCCUCUGUCCCUGACGUGGUGGUCAUGCCAGAGGAUGAGGAUGCCAUAGACGAUGGGCUCACCAACCCCUAUGAGAUGGGAGUUGACCUGGAGCAAGGGUCUGACCCUGGGGAAGGAGAGAAGCCUGAGACACAGGCUGCAUCUGAUGUGCUGAGUGGUUAUGGCACAAAAGAAGAAAUGAACUCUGAUGCUGAGGGUGGCCUGGUCUCCAUCGACAGGAAGAACAUCAUCACUAGGGCCAGGCCCCACUCCGGGAAGGUGGCUGGCUAUGUCCCAGAAACUGUCCCAGAAGAAACCGGACCAGAAGCUGGCUCAUCAGCCAUUGGCAUUAGAGGUGCCACCAAGGAGGCGAGAAAGACGGUUCUUUCGUUGGAGGGGAAACCACUGGAAGCCAGCAGGGCCUUGCCAGCAAAGCCCAGAGCCUUCACUCUAUACCCCCGAUCAUUCUCUGUGGAAGGCCGAGAGAUUCCAGUCUCCUUGUACCGGGAGUCGGAGGCAUCGGGCUUGGAUGACCAUAGGAUCAAAAGGAAAGACGACAACCUUUCUCUGCCCUGUAUGAUUGGCUCCUCUGGGAGUUUCUCCCAGAGGAACCACCUUCCGUCCAGCGGCACCUCAACACCCUCUUCUGUGGUCGACAUCCCGCCCCCUUUUGACCUGGCCUGCAUCACCAAAAAGCCCAUCACAAAGAGCUCUCCCUCCCUGCUGAUCGAGAGUGAGCCCCCAGACAAGUACACCAAGAAGAAGAAGUCAUCCUUCAAGAGGUUCCUGGCACUGACUUUUAAAAAGAAGUCGGAGAACAAAGUGCACGUGGAUGUCAACGUGUCUUCUUCCAGGUCGUCUUCAGAAUCCAGCUACCAUGGGCCUGCCAGGCUUCUGGAAAUUGACCGCAGGAGCCUCAGCAACUCCCCGCAGCUUAAGGCUCGGACUGGCAAGCUUCGGGCUUCCGAUUCCCCUUCCUCCCUCAUCUUCUACAGGGAUGGCAAGAGGAAAGGUGUCCCCUUCAGCAGGACGGUGUCCAGAGUGGAGUCCUUCGAAGACCGCUCCCGGCCCCCCUUUCUGCCCUUGCCCCUGACCAAGCCUCGGUCCAUCUCAUUCCCCAACGCCGACACUUCAGACUAUGAGAACAUCCCAGCCAUGAACUCAGACUAUGAAAAUAUUCAGAUUCCACCCCGGAGGCCUGCGAGGGCUGGGACGUUUACAAAACUGUUUGAAGAUCAGAGCAGAGCCCUGUCCACGGCAAAUGAAAACGAUGGCUACGUGGACAUGAGCAGCUUCAAUGCCUUUGAAAGCAAACAACAGAGCGCAGACCAAGAAGCAGAAAGCGCCUACACAGAACCUUAUAAGGUCUGCCCCAUCUCGGCGGCAGCCCCCAAAGAGGACCUAUCAUCGGAUGAAGAACAGGGAAGCUCGGAGGAGGAGGAGAGUGCUCCAAGAGACCCCAGCCUCACCCACAAG